GUUAGGCAGAUCGGAAAAACAGUGACUUCAAUUCUGACAGGAAAAACUGAUGAUCUUGUCCCACAUCUUGACGCACUUCAGUUCCGCAAUGGUCCUUCGUUUGUUUACGCUAAUCAGAGUUUUGGCUUGCAGCAGUUCUGUGUGUUAUAUACUGAACCAGAAAAUGUAUCUACCAUUCGAUUUGGCUGGGAUACACUGGGACUAAGAAACUACUUGUUUCAGAACCCUGGCGAUCCAAAGAUGCAGCGGUCACCUCCGAUGGGCAUGCGUAGUGCUGUUCCACUAGGAGGCCUUGGAACGGGAUCAUUUGAGCUCCGCGCAGAUGGUUCAAUCCACGAGUGGACGAUCGAGAACCAGACUCCAGCAGGUUCAGCUAAACUGAACCAGGAAGCCCUGGAUCUAGCAGUUUUUGGUGUCCGCGUGCAGACUGGUACCUCAAGUAAUGUAGCACUGUUGCGUACCCACCCUCCCGAUGGCUAUCCAGGUGUUGCUUCAAUGGGUUAUUCUGGCUCAUUCCCAGUCUCCAAGCUCACGGUAAGAGAUGAGCAGUUUGGUGGCAUCAGUCUUGACCUUUAUGCCUAUUCGGCGUUAAAACCACGUGAUUCCAAGACGUCAGCCACUCCUGCCGUGGCGUUUACAUUUCGCAUUAACAACCCAACAGAGAAAACUGUCAAUGUUUCAUUAAUGUUUAACCUACCAUUAGGAAUUCAAACGGCCACAGCUAGACUGGGGGAAUCAUACAAAGAUAUAAAUAUGUCGACAGUUAGUUCCACUAUUUGCUCUGAGGCUUGUACCAAAGACCCUAAAUGCUUCUCGUGGCAAAUAGAAAUAAAGAACAAAACAUGUUUGUUCUUCAAUGAAACUUUCCCUCAUUACUGGAAGCCGGGCUUCACUUCCGGUCAAAAGAACACGUGGAAUGCUCACGACUCAAUGCUGACACUAAAUAGGCCUGGGAACUACCCUCAGAGUGGAAAUACGACUAUUUUGACCGAAAAAUCGAACAACCCUUCAUUCAUGGUCAGUGACAGUUUUGGUCAAAUCUGGAAGCAGUUCAGCACACAUGGUUACCUGCUAUCAGCAGCUAAAUCAUUUGGUGGUGGUUUUCAUGGAGCCGCAGCUAUUAAUGUUACCAUGGAACCUGGAGACGAAAAUACUCUAACGAUGGUAUUGGGAUGGUAUUAUCCGAACAGAGAUUUCACAGAGGAGAUCGUUGGUAAUUACUACAGUAACAUCUUCAAAUCCAGCGAGGAAGCAGCUUUAAUUGUAUCACGUGACCCAGCCUCGACUUUACGGUCCAUUUCUGACUGGCACUCGUCAAUGAUACUUGACAGCACCAAGAACUCGGUCCAGACCCUGCCCGAGUGGUUACAAGAUGUUCUUGUAAACGGUUUGAGUUUCUGGCGCACGGGACUGUACCUCCGUGAUGGAAGAUGGCGUCAAUUUGAGGCGCUAGACUGCAUUGACAUUGAUUCCGUCCAUAAUGACUUCCAGCGAGAAAUACCCUACGUUAUUUUUUAUCCUGACUUGGUCAAGAAAGUGAUGCACGCAUGGGCGAAGUACCAGAGUGAGGACGGUCAUAUUGUAGAAACUUUAGUUAUGGGAUGUUACUCACCUACCAGAAAAAUGGACAGCGGGCCUCCAAACCAGCGAAUAAUGGGGGACGUGACAACGGUUUUCAUCGUAGAAACAUAUCACAUCUACCAGUGGACUAACGAUACUGAAUUCCUGAGGGACCUAUGGCCACAUGUCGUACAUGCUCUUGAUUGGCUGAUUUACAAAGGUACGAAUGGUACUGGGUUACCUUAUAAACAGCAGUGCACAUAUGAUAUAGAGGCUCUAAACCUUUACGAUCACAACGUGUUCAACAGUUUCAUGUAUGUGCUUGCGAUGCGGGCAGCACAGGAAUUAGGUACAAUCAUGCAAGACAGGAACGUAUGGAGGGAAGCCACGAUUGCCAUGGAAUUUGCAAAACAUGUCAUCUCGGAAGAACUUUGGAGUGAAGAAGAUGGUUAUUAUCAUGCUUGGUGGGAUAAAAAGCUUGGAUCACCUCCAUGGCUGAUGAGUGAUUCCCUAUACGCGCAAGUUUGGGCCUACACUUUGGGUCUUGGACACUUAGAUGAUCCAAGAAGGUUGAAAUCGCAUUUAAACAAGGAACUUGAAAUAAACGACACUCCAUAUGGUCUACGAGUGAUGUUUACUGGCCACCCCACUAACAAGAGCGUGGGCUCGUGUCCGCAAAACAUCUCAGCAGGUGAAUUAAACAAACUUGUAGCUGUACGCGAGUCCAUUUGGGUUGGCGGUAGUCCUGACUGGACCACUCUGCAGAUUCACUUAGGUCUUGACCCGCAGAAUGCCUCGCAUCAAGCACAGAAAGCUCUCGACCAUGUCCGUUCUGAGCUUAACGACCAAUGGGAUUUUCACGGUCUCUACUCAGGGCCUGGGUACGGCCUUGAUGGUCUCCCAUGGUGCACCUCGCACUAUACUUUCCACAUGGUACUGUGGCAUAUUCCUUUUGCAAUCUCGGGCCAGUACUUCUCGGCGCCAAACUCCACACUAACAUUUAGUCCCAAAUUUCUUUGCCCUUACAAAAUUCCGUUUUAUACUCCCUUUGCCAUAGGCACUUUGCAGUGUUCCGUCAUAGACAAAGAAACAAUGAAAUUUGAAAUGUUGUCGACGUCCGGUGAUAUUUACUUGCAAAAACUUGUGGUCAGCGGCUUUCAGUACCCUAAGUCAGUCGAGCUAAAACAAGGUGAAGUGAUCACAUGGCUAUCACAUGAUGACAUCUUACUUUAAGAGCUCUCCUCAAUAUCUGUUAUUCAAUAGGAGCGAUUUUAGACUUAUUUCUUAGAAAGAGCUUAUGAUGAUCAAUCGAAAACGCCUUUUUUUUUAUAUGAAAAUGAUUUUUCGUAAAAUUAACUCAAUUCUAGGUCUAGAUUCCACUACUUCAGAGUUCACCCCUUUUUAAUUUGAAGGUUAUUGAGAAUACUUUCGAGUAAUUUUUCUUAUUGUACCAUAUUUUACGGAAAUCAUUUUUUAAAGCAUCAUUUUGAGUAAAAAAAAGUCUAACCACUACAGAUCAUGUUCAGUAGCAUAUUUUAGUGAUUUGACGGCAAAAAAAAAACAAAGCACUUUCUGGAAUUUAAGAGAGAUGAUUCUUUAUAAUUGAAGAAAUACGUCUUCUUCCAUAAAGUACGAACGAAUAUAAAGAAAACGGAUCGUCUUUUAAUUUUGUAACAUUAUCAAUGAAUGCACAUUUACCAAUAAAAAAAGAUUUCUAAACAUUCA